GAUCGAGGAUCAACAUGAAAUGCUGCUUCGAGAAAGUUGUCUUUGAUGAUUUUGUUGAGCUAUUUCUCCUCGGAGUAAUCAAUUCCCUGUUUAGGAAACAAGGUCACUAGAUUCCCAGAAUGUUGCUGAUCCUUCUCUCCAUCUCCCUGUGUUUUUCCCGGGCUUCUCCCGAUAAUUGCUGUUGAGGUCAGUGAUGACGGCAGCAUUAAGAGAUCGAUGAGAUUUUGAUUUGAUGGAAAGGACUUUAUCAGUUUAGAACAAGACAGAAUGAGAUGGAUCGCAUCCAAUCCUAUUGCAGUGAUGACUAAAGAGAAAUGGGAUUCUGAUAAUUCCUGGAACAACUACUGGAAAAUACAUCUGGAAAAAGGAUAUGUUAAAUCUUUAAAGAGCUAUCUAAAAGCUGGAAAGGAAUAUUUCACAAGGAAAGUUCAGCCUGAAGUGUUCAUCUCCAGGAGGGAGCCCAAUGGUCAGGACAAGCCGCUCACUCUCUCCUGCCUGGUCACUGGGUUUUAUCCUGUAGACAUCGAGGUGACCUGGCUAAGGAAUGGAGAGGUCAUGUCUGAGACCCAAUCCUCGGGGGUUCGACCGAACCACGAUGGGACCCAUCAGAUCCAGAAAGAGAUUGAGAUCAAUGCUGGGGAUGAGGAUCAAUACUCCUGUCAAAUUGAACACAGCAGCCUGGCAGAGGGCAAGCUCUAUCAGUGGGAAAAUCAGAAAAGCAAUUGGCCGCAUUCCCAUCUUGGAAGUCUCAUUAAAAUAGUCAUUCCAUUGGCUGUUAUUUUCGGGAUAGUCGGAAUAAUCAUCUGGAAAUGGCCACGGAGAGGUUCCCCAAGUGGGACCUACACAACAGCUCCCACUUUUGAAGUCUCUGGUGCAGCUUCUUCAUGAUUCAGACAUUCCUGGAGCCUCAUUGCGGAAUAACGGGAUUCUCCAGUUCCAGUGUGAACAUGGACACCAUUGUCCAUCCUUCCAUAUCACAGCAGACACACAGAAUUACAGCUCAUUGCUCACACUCAAUUCCUUCAGGACUGAGAUCAAUUUUUCAGAGAAUGUGUUUCCACAGAUUGAGCAGUGAAUCCCAGAUCCACAAGUUUGAAUCCUGGUUCUUCAAGUGAGACCUUCUCAAGUCGUGUUUCCAUCCCGUCCCAGAAAUGUGUGCAGUGUCACCAUCAGAGGGAUCCUCACGGAUGGUUCCUCCCUCACACUUUCUCAUCCUCACUGUCUUCAAUGUGUCACUGAUUGACCUGAAAUGAAGCAAUGUCCUGAGGGAACUCAGGGACAGUUUUUAUAUUGAAGGAAAUUGGUUUUGUAUCUGACAUUAACAAACUUCACAUGUUAUGUAAGCUCUGUACAUACAUAUCAGUUUUACACAUUCUAAUUCUUAGAUAAAUGUCUAUAUAAAUACUCUAAAUCUGAUUUAUUGUUGAAUACUUAAAUCUGUCACUAUUUAUCACCAUUGUUUAACUACAAUCACCAAUAUGUGUCAUUUGUAAUCGCUAGAAGUUAUUUAUUGUCUUAUUGAUUUUGAUGUUUUUAUUAAUGAUUCCACAAGAACGAUUAUAUUCAUUUACACAGCAGCAGCUUGUGGCUCUUGGAAUCAGCAGAUGUUGAGCUUCACUUCAAUGUGAACUGGGGGAGUUAAGACCAUCCAACUCCCCAACAAGCCUUCCCCAAACUAACCAGGAAGCACAGACUGAGGUUUAUUUCAUAUGUGUGUUUCAGAGCUGGAUGGUUGAUCAUGUCUGGGAGUGUUCAUUCCCCAGAGGGAGAGGGGGUGUGGAGGGGAGUGUGAAGAGAGGGCCAGGCAGCUGCUGAGAAUCAGGAAUACUUCACUGACUGGUGACCCAGCAGCUAUUGGAGGGAGGAAAGGGCAGGCUCACCAGCUGAAUGACCCAUACAAUCCUUGAGACGUUAUCAGGAAAGAAUUGUAAAGUGGCCCCUGUCCUGUCCACUCUCCAGGAAUAAGAUUUCAGCUUCAAGUCUAUCCUCCAAUUGGACAUGUUAAUGAUUAUACUGAGGUGAUAACUCUUGAUAAAAAAAAAGUCAUUGCUCCUGAUCAAUCCUGUCAGAAUCUUUUAAACGAUGUCAGCUAUCUUUUGGUACAAUGUAAUUCCGGUUUGAAAAAUGAUACAGUGCUUGAAUAAUGAGAAU